CUUGGGCUUUAUUUUGACAAAUACAGAGGAAUUGCAAGUGGAGUUCGGUUCGUAGGAGAAACCUGCAGCAGCAUCGCGUUCCCGUACCUGCUUCUUUAUCUUAAGGAUACCUACAAUUUCUAUGGAAUGCUGUUGAUCCUCGGUGGAAUAACAAUGCACACAACUGCAUUCACCAUUACCUUGAGAGAGCCGCAAUGGGCAUCACCGCUUCAGAAUAUCGAAGAUAUCCCUGAACAUCCAACCUUAGUAAACAUUCUACCUUUAGAAGCUUCACAUUCAAGAAUACUCAUCAAAGCUUCCAGCGAUAAUGCUGCUAAUACAACUGAUAAUCCACCGGGCCUACGUGCAAUGCUGCUUAACCCAAUGUUUUACGUAAUUGCAAUAUCGUGCGCUAUAGUUCAUUACUCUCAUGUCGUCUUUGCGACAACCAUCGUAGACUAUGGCCAGGACAAGGGUGCUCCUUUAUUCAAGGCCACUUCGAUCAUAUUGUAUUCUUCAGUAUCAGACUUUGUCGGGCGCUUGGCUCUUCCUCUCUUGGCUGACAGGAAGUACUUGCGACGUAGCAGCCUCGUCCUGUGCUGCCACCUGCUCCUGGGACCCUCUAUGACACUCCUUCCAUAUGUUACCUCUUUUGCGUGGCUCGUUCUGGCCUCAUUUUGCGUCAUCAUGUUCCUUGCUUGCAUCAUCACGAUGAAGACAGUGUUGAUGGCCGACUACCUUGGCGUCGGACAGAUUUCGGUCUGCUAUGGAGCUUCGGGUCUUCUGAUUGUGCCCCUAGUUCUAUCCGCUCCCCGAGUAGUCGGUAAGUAA